AUGGCACCAAGCACAGUACGCCUUGCAUCUCAUAACAAGACCAGAGUUGCAUACUUUCACGAUGAAGGGGUUGGAAACUACCAUUAUGGAGAACAUCAUCCAAUGAAGCCCCAUCGCCUGACGUUAACGAAUCACCUUGUACUCAAUUACGGUCUACACCAAAAAAUGGAGAUCUUCCAACCAAGACGAGCGACCGACACUGAAAUCUUGGAAUUCCACGCCGAAGAUUACGUAGAUUUUCUCAAGAGAGUGACGCCAGACAAUGCAGAACAAUUUGAAUCUCUUUUUCAACGAUUUAACGUAGGAGAUGACUGUCCAAUCUUUGAUGGCAUCUACGACUUUUGUCAGAGAUAUGCAGGAGCAACCAUUGAAGCCUCACGAAAGUUGAUUGCCAAUGGGGCAGAUAUCUGUAUUAAUUGGUCAGGAGGACUUCAUCAUGCAAAAAAGUGUGAAGCCAGUGGAUUUUGUUAUGUUAAUGAUAUUGUUCUCGGUACACUUGAACUUCUACGAUAUUUUCCUCGUGUAUUGUAUGUAGACAUUGAUAUUCAUCAUGGAGACGGCGUACAAGAAGCCUUUUACCUGACAGAUCGUGUAAUGACUGUAUCUUUUCAUAAAUAUAACGGCGAUUUCUUUCCGGGAACUGGACACAUUGACGAGAUUGGAUCUUCACUUGGAAAAUACUAUUCAGUGAAUGUGCCUUUGCGAGAUGGAAUUGACGACGAUGCAUAUGUGUGGUUAUUCAAAGAAGUAAUUGACGCAGUGAUGGGAACAUUUCAGCCAUCGGCCAUUGUACUCCAAUGUGGUGCAGACUCUCUUGGCUGCGAUCGAUUGGGAUGCUUUAAUUUAAGUAUCGAGGCACACGGUAGAUGUGUUCAAAUUAUCAAAGGAUUCAAGCUUCCACUACUGGUUGUUGGUGGUGGUGGAUACACGGUUCGAAAUGUCGCGCGAUGCUGGACAUACGAGACAUCGAUCCUAGUCGAUACUACCCUGUCAAAUGACCUUCCCCCUAAUGAAUAUCGCGACUUUUUUAGACCUGACUAUAAACUUCACCCCCACCUUUCUGGACGUGUCGAAAAUCAGAAUGACCGCCAAUACCUUCUUAAAGUACGCGAACGUGUUAUGGAACAACUUCGCUAUCUUGAUGCAGCACCUAGUAUUCAGAUGCAAGAAAUUCCUCCGGAUAUCCAAGGAUUCUUGGACGGUGAGGCAGAAAUACGUGAUGCUAAGGACGAUUCGGAAGCCGGUAAGGAUAGGCGACGUUCUGGUGGCCGAGUGAUUGUAGAAGGAGAAUGGUAUGAAGACGACAAUGACAAUGAUGGUGACGCCAAGGAUUCAAGCUGGCAAAAAAAUAAUGGAAUGGAGCUUGAUGUGUAG